CCCCAGGGGUCUGGAAACAGCGGGGGAGCCCUGCUGACGCUCGCCCAACUACAGACCGGCCAUUCCCUGCCGGGGACUCGCUCCCGCCAGCCACCCCCGGGACGCAGCCCGGUUGGCAGAGUCCCACGGCCGUGCGAAGGGGCGCCGGGGCCCGGCUAGGGAAGGCGGCCGGGAUAGAGGCAGCGGCAAGCAGUGGGUCGGGACGUGGCAGUGGGUACAUAUGCGAACCCCGCCCCACUCGGGCGCUCAGCGGGUGGGGAAAAAGGGAGAGGGCCUCCGGCCGCGAGGGGGCGCGACUCGGGCCCAGAGAUGUGGCGAGGCGGAAGUGAGCGACGAGAGCGGAAGUGGCGGCGGCGGCUGGGACGGCAGCUCGUGAGAAGAAUGGGCUCUGUGUCGGAGGAACUCAGCCUGGUCCCCCUGCACCAGAGGCCGGAGCUGCUGGAGGCCUGCGCCGAGCUGCUGGGCGAGGAGUGGGGCAAGAGCCGGGCGUCGCGGCUCCACACGCUGCAGCGCUCCUCGGACGCCUUCCCUGCCUGCCUGCUGCUGCUGCGGAGCCAGCGCCCUUCUGAGGCCCCGGCUGCUCGGGAGGGUCCCUACCAGCUUGUGGGACACGUCCGGCUCUCCCGUGUGGCUGGCCGGCCCCAUGACCUCUUUUUGGAGAGUGUGGUGGUUCCCCGGGCACUGCGGGGCCAAGGCUAUGGGCGGCAGCUGAUGGAGGCCACUGAGCGGUGGGCGCGGGCUCGGGGCUUUGGCUGCCUGCACCUUACCACCCACGACAAGCAGCAUUUCUAUGCCCACCUGGGUUUUGUCCUGGGUGAGCCGGUGCAGAGUGUGGCCUUCCUCAGCCCCGCCAUAUCCACUGAGGUGCUGCGGCUCUUCUCCACCUGUCCCAGCACUGCCACCACCACGCGAAAGGUGCCCACUGCACCGCCGCCUCCCCUCCUACCCCCUGCUGCUCCCCCACCCCCACCCCCAACGACCGUGAUAUGGGCAAGGGGAGUUCUGGCUGAGAGCAGCGGACAGAGCCUCCUGGAGACCCCCCACCGCGAUGCCAAAGGGCUGCCCAUCUUUUGGAUGAAGAAGAACAUCUGAGCAGGCCCAAAGCUAGUGAUUAAAAGCAGUGCAGGCAGGGGCUGCCUGCCCCAGUG